AUGGCUAAUGCUGGGUUUUCUCAACCAGUUGGCUUAACAAUUCUUGACGAUGUGAUUCACAAGGUCUUCGGUUGCUUGACGGAUGACAUUAUCGGUGUUUCUUUGCCUCGCAUGAAUAGAAGACUGGUCUUUUGGCCUUACCCUUUUCUUCUGUUUCCACACAAAAAAGAAGAGAUUGGUUGUUGGAACGGUGCUGCUAGCAGUUUCUCUGAUUUAUUGCUUAAUCAAGAAAUGGAUGCCCAUGCUGCUUUUGACAUGGUUCUUAGACAAAAAGAAAUUUAUUUGAAAGACAAAAGCAGGAUUUCUUGGCUCAAGGAGGGGGAUCGAAAUUCGGAAUUCUUUCAUCGUUCUUGUAAUAUUCGAAAGACUAAAGCGGGAAUCCAUUCUAUGCUUGUUGACGGGGUUCUUACUGAUGAUACAGAGAAAAUUGGGAAUCACAUUACCACUUAUUACGACAAUUUAUUUAAAGCUGCUCCUCUAAGUUAUCCUAAUUUGGAUAUUGUGAAAACCAUUAUCCCCAACAUGGUUACAGAGGAGGAAAAUGUUGAGCUGGUUAAAUGUCCUUCUAAUGAGGAUAUCAAAGCAAUUGUUUUUGAUAUGGAUGGUUCUAGUGCUCCCGGUCCUGAUGGUUUCUCUGGUGCUUUCUAUAAGAAUUGUUGGGAUAUUGUCGGUAAAGAUUUAUGCAAUCUGGUGAUUCAUUUCUUCAAAUUCGGCAAGCUCUCCUCGGGUCUUUGCUCAAGUAUAAUGGUGCUCAUCCCGAAGAUUAAGGAGGCCAUUAUGAUUGAGCAAUUUCGUCCUAUUGUUUUGAGCAAUUUCUGCUUCAAAGUGAUUACUAAAAUUGUGGCUAAUCGUCUGGCUAACAUUGCUGAAAGGAUUUUAUCAGAAAAUCAAUUUGGUUUUGUUAAAAAUAGAUCCAUUUCUCAUUGCAUUGCAGCUGCUUCUGAGGGAAUCAAUGUGUUAAACAAGAGUUGUUUUGGUGGUAAUAUGGCAAUGAAAAUAGACAUCAAAAAAGCCUUUGAUACUAUGGAGUGGGGUUUCAUUCUUGAAGUUCUGGAUGCCUUUGGCUUUAGCCUGCAUUUCAGAGACUGGAUUCUGGAGAUAUUUUCUUCUGCAAGGAUCUCUAUUAUGAUUAAUGGUACAACUAAAGGCUAUUUCUCUUGCUCUCGUGGUGUUCGCCAAGGAGACCCGCUUUCUCCUUUGUUAUUUUGCAUUGCUGAGGAUUUUUUAUCUCGCUUAAUCUCCUAUUAUGUUCAAAUUGGGGAUCUCAAGCUCAUGAGUUAUUCUAGAGCAAUUAAAGCAAUUUUUGAGAUGUAUGGCUCUAUUUCGGGUCAAUGGGUGAGUUGGGAUAAAUCUUCCGCAUUUUUUGGAAAAUCAGUUACUGAUCAUAGAGCAAGAAAUCUUACUUCUCUUUUGAAUAUUAAACAAGGAAAUCUUCCUUUCGACUAUCUCGAUAUUCCAUUAUUUAUUGGCGCUCCUAGAAAAUGUUAUUUACAAAAAAUUGCUGAUAGAAUUACCUCUAAAUUCUCUGGUUGGAAAGGAAGUGCGUUAUCUAUGGCGGGGAGAGUUACUCUUGUUAACUCGCUUGUUUCGGUGCCUUGGAAAAUCUGUUGCCGUGCUAAUAAAGAUGGAGGAUUAGGUUUGAAAAACCUUCAUGCUAUGAAUAAAGCUAUGCUUUCUAAGAUUGCUUGGGAUAUGAUCAGUUAUGAUGUAUUCCCUUUAAAUGUCUUAAAAACUCGAUUUUUAACAGUUUCUAGUGUUCCUAAGCAGCACCCCAUCGGUUCCUCGGUUUGGAGCUCAAUCAAAGAGUCUAAAAAGACGGAUCUCGCCAAAGAUUUCUUUGAUGGUUCAUGGCACCUGCCUAAUGAAAUUCCUUUAGACAUUGCAAAUGAAAUCAGUCUUAUCAUUCCUUGUAAUGAUACUUCAGAUACUUGUUUAUGGGUUCAUUCUCUGGAGGGUAAUUUCAAAGUUAAUCUGAAUUACUCCAUGAUCAUUGGCGCGAGAAAUCCGGUUCCUUGGUCGAAGUUCAUUUGGAAGGCUUAUCUUCCUCCGUCGAGAUCGAUGACUUGUUGGAGAGCCUUUCUUGGGUAUUUACCCACUGAUUGCUCUUUGCAGAAAAAAGGUUUUAAUAUGGCCUCAAGAUGCAAUUUUUGUAAUGCUGCGGUAGAAGAUAUUGAGCACAUUUUUGUCAGAUGUCCUUUCGCUCAAAACCUAUGGAAUACGGUUGGUUUGAUUUUUGGCCGGAGGAUUAACACUGAUGAUUCUUUGAAAAAUCUGAUUUUGGAGGCCUCCAAUGAGAAUUUCAGCCAUCAAGUUUUUGAUAUUUGGAAUGUAGCAGUGGUAACUUCAGUUGGGCUAUCUUGUGCCUUAAAAGAAUGUGAUUCUUUCUCCCAUCGCCCAAGUAAUAAUUCCAUUUCAGAACUACAAAUUUUAUCUAAUCUUCGAAUCAGGAAUGUUUCUCCUAAACCUUUAAAGGUAACUUCAAUUUUUUGGCGUCCCCCUCCUUCAGGGUGGAUUAAAGUUAAUACAGACAGUUCAGCUUUGGGAACUCCGGGACCUGCAGGCGGUGGAGGCAUUUUUAGAAAUGCGAGGGGAUUCUGUAAGGGCUGUUUCUCUGUUAAUCUUGGCUCUGCCUUCGCGUUUUGGGCGGAGAUCGAAACUGCAAUUUUUGCCGUUUUAAAAGAGAAAGAUAUGGGUUUUGACCACCUUUGGCUAGAAUGUUAUUCAAUUUAUGUUGUGAACUUAUUCAAGAGAAGAGAUUGGCAAAUUCCGUGGAAAUUGAGACUAAAAUGGAUUGCUUGCCUUAAUUACAUUAGCAACAUUCGGUUUGUCGUUUCUCAUAUUUAUAGAGAAGGCAAUAUAGUUGCGGAUACCCUGGCUCGUCAUGGAGUUUCUAUCCAAGGAAUGAUGUGGUGGUAUCAAGCUCCAGACUUCUGCUCUAUUUCAAUGUAUGAUGAUUUGGCUGGCAAAGAAAGAGUUGUUUCUUCUAAAGAGUUGGGAUGUGUUUCUAGAGCUAUUGUGUUUAAUGUUAAGUUGACAAUUCCUUUGGUAGUUGCAAUUUACUGUGGCAAGUGGAUUUCAUCUGAGUUGAGUCCUAGGAGAUUUUUUCUUAUUCCAGAAUUUUCUGGUUAUGUAAUCCCUUAG